GGUAUUUUAUUUGCGACCACGGUACGCGUCCAGUGUGUCGCUCCGUUAAUUUGAUUCAUUGCUCCGAAGGAAAUAUGGCAUCACGGGAUCCUGCUUCUGACCAAUUAGUGGAAUAUAAAAAAUCCAUUAAGGAUUCACCUGGAUUCAUCACAACUAAGUCAGGUUCACCUGUGGGUGUGAAAACAGCAAUCCAAACUGUUGGUAAAAAUGGUCCAGCUCUUCUUCAAGAUGUAAAUUUCUUGGAUGAAAUCUCUGCAUUUGACAGAGAACGUAUCCCAGAGCGUGUGGUUCAUGCUAAAGGUGCUGGUGCAUUUGGGUACUUUGAAGUUACUCAUGAUAUUACAAAAUACAGUGCUGCAAAGGUUUUUGAGAGUAUUGGCAAAAGAACACCAAUUGCUGUGAGGUUCUCUACUGUUGGAGGAGAAAGCGGUUCUGCUGAUACAGUCCGUGAUCCAAGAGGAUUUGCUGUUAAAUUCUAUACUGAUGAUGGAAAUUGGGAUCUUGUUGGCAACAAUACACCUAUUUUCUUCAUUAGGGACCCAACACUAUUCCCGAGCUUUAUUCACACCCAGAAAAGAAAUCCAGCUACCCAUUUGAAGGAUCCUGAUAUGUUCUGGGACUUUUUGACUUUAAGACCUGAGACUGCCCAUCAGGUUCUUUACUUGUUUGGAGACCGUGGUAUUCCAGAUGGUUACAGGCAUAUGAAUGGAUAUGGCUCCCAUACAUUUAAACUUGUUAAUGCUCAAGGAGUGGCACACUGGGUGAAAUUCCACUACAAAACAAAUCAAGGCAUUAAGAACUUGCCAGCUGACAAAGCUGCAGAGCUUGCAUCAUCUGAUCCUGACUAUUCUAUCAGAGAUCUAUAUAAUGCUAUUGGAAGGGGUGAUUUUCCAUCUUGGACUCUCUAUAUCCAAGUUAUGACUAUGGCCCAAGCUGAGACAUGUAAAUUCAAUCCAUUUGAUUUGACUAAGAUUUGGCCUCAUGCUGAAUACCCUCUCAUCCCUGUUGGUAAAUUGGUUUUGGACCGUAACCCUAAGAACUAUUUUGCUGAAGUCGAACAGGCUGCUUUCAGCCCUGCUAAUUUGAUCCCAGGUAUUGAGCCUUCACCUGACAAAAUGUUACAAGGGCGUUUGUUCUCUUACAAUGACACUCAUCGUCAUCGUUUGGGUGCAAACUAUUUGCAAAUUCCUGUUAACUGUCCAUAUCGUGUCAAAGUGGCCAAUUACCAACGUGAUGGCCCACAGGCCAUUAAUAAUCAAGAAGGAUGUCCUAAUUACUUCCCCAAUUCAUUCUCUGGACCUCAAGAAUGCCCACGUGCUCAGCGCUUACAGCCACGUUACAAUUUGAGUGGAGAUGUAGAUAGGUAUGAUAGUGGUCAAACUGAAGACAAUUUCUCACAGGCUACUGCGCUAUACAAAAAUGUGUUUGAUGAUGCUGCAAAACAACGUUGCAUUGAUAAUAUUGUGGGUAACCUUAAAGAUGCUGCUGGUUUUAUACAGGAAAGAGCCAUUAAAAUCUUUACUCACAUCCACCCAGAUUUAGGGAGCAAGAUAGCAGCUGGAUUAGCUCCUUACAAAAAGUAUCAUGCAAACUUGUAAAAGUUCAAUUUGUGAUUGAAGGGUGCUAUAUUGAUGAUCUAUGGGAUAAAUAGGGAUUCAUAACAUAUUUUUAAAUUAAAUAACAAUAUAAAGUACAAUAUUGAUGUUCAAAAUUUAUAUAUAAGAUUACUUAUUAUUUUUUAACACAGUCAAUUUGUUUUUAAUUUAAGAAACUUUAUUAAAACAUCUAUU